AUGGCUUCAGGAACCGUAGGACCCUCGCCACCUAGUGGUGUGCAGGGCUCAUCGGCCUCUGAUAACUCCGGGAACCCAACUCCCGGAGAGAUUCAUGACAGGGAGAAGCGCACAGUUGCGUCUGUCCGGCCGCAGACACAGCGGCACCCAAACCCUUUCGUCAUCACCGAGCGGCCAGAGGAGAAACAGCUGGGGAUCUCUACCCGUCAGUUGAGCGUCCGCGACUUCGUAUUGCUGAAGACCCUCGGUACCGGUACUUUUGCUCGAGUAUGGCUGGCGAGAUUACGCGACGACAAAACGAGACCAGAGAAGGUCUACGCGCUAAAGAUCCUAAGGAAAGCUGACGUGAUCAAACUCAAGCAAGUCGAGCAUGUUCGCAACGAACGGAAGACCCUGGCGGAUGUGUCUGGCCAUCCAUUCAUCACGACAUUAAUCGCCUCAUUUUCUGAUAGUCAAAGCCUAUACAUGCUGCUUGACUAUUGUCCUGGGGGUGAGAUAUUCAGCUAUUUGCGCCGUGCGCGACGUUUCAACGAGAAUACCUCGAAAUUCUACGCGGCCGAAAUCACCAUGACGAUCGAAUUCCUCCACGAUGCCGAGGGUGUUGUAUACCGCGACCUGAAACCGGAGAACAUCCUGCUUGAUGCUGACGGUCACAUCAAGCUCGUUGAUUUUGGGUUCGCAAAACAAAUUGGCGACCGCGAAACGUACACUCUAUGCGGCACUCCGGAGUAUCUCGCCCCAGAGGUGAUACACAAUAGUGGGCAUGGCCUUGCUGUUGACUGGUGGGCUUUGGGAAUUCUAAUAUACGAAUUUCUUGUUGGUCAACCGCCUUUCUGGGAUCAAAAUCCAAUGCGGAUCUACGAACAAAUUGUCGAAGGUCACAUACGCUACCCUUCGAAUAUGUCACCCGCUGCACAGAACAUCAUUUCCCUGCUGUGCAAAACGAACCCAGCCGAGCGCCUUGGACAUAUUUCGGGCGGCUCAGCCAGGGUGAGGACGCAUCCGUUCUUUGAGAAUAUUAACUGGGAUGACCUUUUCUAUCGUCGUAUUAAAGGACCUAUCAUCCCUCGUGUCGACCAUCCCGCGGAUACAGGGAACUUUGAAGAAUACCCUGAUCCUGAUCCGAAAUCUCAGACCAUAUACACUGAGGACAUGCGUUCCAAAUAUGAAACACUCUUUAGCGAUUUUUAG